GGAUGUGAGCGACAGAAUAGAAAAGGAACCGCUGGACGGGCCAAUCGUGAGACAGCUGGAGAGAGGAGGGAGGGCUGUUGUCAAGGGUGACUGGAGAGAGCACAUCACAGUGCCACUGCAGACAGAUCUGCGGAAAUUUCGCUCCUAUAAGGGAGGCUCGGUCAGAGACCUGAUGCGUGCAAUGAGAAACAAGAAACAUCAUUACCGGGAGUUGCCUGCUGAGGUUCAGGAGACGCUGGGCUCCAUCCCUGAUGACUUUGUCUCCUACUUCACCUCCCGCUUCCCCCACCUGCUAAUGCACACAUACCUGGCCAUGCGGACCUGUGCGUCUGAGAGGCCAUUCCUGCCUUACUACUCCACUGCAGAUCAGCUUGCAAAAACACAGACCCUGCACACACACCUCGGGCCCCAAAGACAAAAAGAGCCAUGUACUCAGCCCUUGACUACACACACAUCUCCCCCCUCUUCACAACCACAGGAACCUACACAUUCGUCACAGCCAGCGCAGGUCCCUCACACAGAUCCUGCUGAAUCAGCGCCCUCUUCUUUACCCGAUGAGCCUGUAGCUUCACAUUUGCCAGUUGAGACAGUGGAGCCAGCUCUGUCCACACAGACUGACCUGCAGAGUCCAACCGUGAACCCCACACCUGCCUCAGAAUCACCAACAGAUCCUCUCGUGCUAGAACAAUCCAUUCAGUCUGAGGUGCACGCCCUGCCAGGUCCUUUGAUACUGGGUAAUGAAUCAGUGUGAGGUGGAGCCAGCACAAACAGGAGCAUUGCCUUCAAGAGUGAUCACCAAGUUGGGCUCAGCUGCUGCAGUAUGAGCUGGUGAGGACCAGGCCUGCAGUGCCUGCGAUCCACCGCUGGGUGCAGCAGCUGUUCCCUUAAUAAGUGCCUUCUGCUCACCUGGGUUAAAAUGUCGCCCAACAGAACCGUCCACUUGUUGUUGUUGUUCCUGCUUCGAGGAAGUCAGAUAAGAAUCAGGGUGAUGCAGGACCUUAUAUUGUAGCAGGACUGAGCAAAGAGAUAUUUUUUAUUUUCUAUCAGCAUGUCCAAAAAAUGGUGUUUGUCCCUAAAAAUAUCUGGCCUCUAUUGUGGGAAACAUGUCUGGAUGUUGUUGGAUAGUUUUAUAGUGCAAUGUCGUAUUUCUGAGUGAGCCUCUUCACUGCACAGAUACUGUAUGUAUAUUUUUGUAUAGACGGUUCAGAAUUUGGAUGAUGAUGAUAAUGAAUUAUGUAAUGUGGCCGAUGUGCCUUUUUUUUCUUUUUUUAAAUAUCACUGUGCUGUGUACAGAUCUUAAAAAAUGACUAUGCUAAGUGUGCUUGAUUCCAGUUAAUGCUGCUAGACUGCUUCUCUUUUGUCAAUCAAGAAUUAAUGUGCUGACUCAACAGAGGCCUGCUCCAAAUGGUGUUCAGGGUGGCACCUGAAUACAGUGGUUAAUGAGAUUAUGUAGUCAUAAAAGAGUUUAGCUGUCAGGCAGCAGAGCUCGCUUAAAAUAACUUUUCAAGGUUUUUAAAGUGAAGUUAAUAACUUGCACAUUAAAACGUUUUUUUUAUUCUAA